CUCGCCCUCUGGACACGCACACCCCCGCCUCGUCUCCUCCGCCUCCCGGGCGCUCCCCCGGCCGAGGCCAGCCCGCGGAAGGUCGGCGCCCGCCAGGAUGAGCGGCUCCUUCGAUCGCAAGCUCAGCAGCAUCCUCACCGACAUCUCCAGCUCGCUGAGCUGCCAUGCGGGCUCCAAGGACUCGCCCACGCUGCCCGAGUCCUCGGUCACCGACCUGGGCUACUACAGCGCUCCCCAGCACGACUACUACGCGGGCCAGCCCUACGGCCAGACCGUGAACCCCUACACCUACCACCACCAGUUCAAUCUCAACGGGCUUGCAGGCACGGGCGCUUACUCGCCCAAGUCGGAAUAUACCUACGGAGCGUCCUACCGGCAAUACGGCGCCUACCGCGAGCAGCCACUGCCGGCGCAAGACCCUGUGUCGGUGAAGGAGGAGCCGGAAGCCGAGGUGCGCAUGGUGAACGGGAAGCCCAAGAAAGUCCGAAAGCCCCGCACCAUCUACUCCAGCUACCAGCUGGCCGCCCUGCAGCGCCGUUUCCAGAAGGCACAGUACCUGGCGCUGCCCGAGCGGGCCGAGCUGGCCGCGCAGCUGGGCCUCACGCAGACACAGGUGAAAAUCUGGUUCCAGAACCGCCGCUCCAAGUUCAAGAAGCUCUACAAGAACGGGGAGGUGCCCCUGGAGCAUAGUCCCAACAACAGCGACUCCAUGGCCUGCAACUCGCCGCCCUCACCGGCCCUCUGGGACACCUCCUCGCACUCCACUCCGGCCCCUGCCCGCAGCCAGCUGCCCCCGCCGCUCCCGUACAGUGCUUCCCCCAGCUACCUGGACGACCCCACCAACUCGUGGUACCACACACAGAACCUGAGUGGACCCCACUUACAGCAGCAGCCGCCUCAGCCAGCCACCCUGCACCACGCCUCUCCCGGGCCCCCGCCCAACCCUGGGGCUGUGUACUGAGUGCCCGGUCUGGCCUGCGCCCCCUACGAAGGAGCUCCCCCAACCCCGGGACCGGGCGGAAGGUGCCUCCGUCCUAGCCGACACUCAGGAAUCACCAAGGAGCACGCGGGAAAGGCACCCCCUUUCCUCCUCCCUUGCCCCUUCCUCCAGGGACCCAAGAGCUUCCCGAUGACAGAUGACGUUUGCCUGGACCAAGGAUGUCCCCUGCACCUCCCUCCCCUGCCUGGGUCCGGGAGUGCCCCUCCAGAUGUUGGAGCCUCCCACCCCAGCGGGAACAGCUGUUCCCCUUCUGCUCCUGGAGCCUGGGUGGCCUUUCUGUGGCUCAUCACCUUCCCAGACUGAAGAUGCCUGGCACGGGGGACACCGUGGGGAGCCUGCAGGUGGGGCUGGGGUGCCGGGGGCCGUGGAUCCCGAACCCACCGGGCCUGGCUCCUCCUCAGCCACCUGCGGCCCCCUCCUUCCUAAGCAGGCCCUCACUGCCAAAACACAAGACAUCGGACAUCGCGACCGGCCUCAGGGUGGGGGGGAGCCGGCCCCCACUCUGCACUUCUGGCCCUCACUGAAGAUUUGAGGGGAAAACCAAAGAGAACGCCCCAAGUGUGGGGAUCUGCUCAUGUUUGUGGCUUAGAGGGAAGAGCCCCCUCCCUCCGCUCCUCCACUCUGAUGGGCGAGGGGAAAGGGUCGCCGAUAUUUCUCCUAAGGACUGUUUCUUUCCUGUACAGGACUUUGCACAACUUUGGUUUUGAAAGCUGUUGAACACUAGGAAAGCAAAGGGCAUUGUUACCAGAUAGGAUCCAACGUCCCCUUGCGGGGGCUGCUUGGUCCUGCCCCCCCACCCCCACCCCCACCUCACCUACUCCUCCCUCCUCCAGUAAGUUGGCGGCCUUGGCGCCAAACCCCAAAUCUCCAUGGAGACGAACCAGGCAAGACAAGCCCCCCCCAACACCCCCUUUCCGGUGCUCUUGGAGACAGAGCUGGCGAAGUGGGGGGGCGUGCAGUGCCCGGGAGAGAAGGGAUUCUAACUCUGUGCCUUUAGCGGUAGGGGUGGCUGCCUGGGGGGGCUGGAGGCGCCACCCCUUCCCUGCCCUGGUGCCCCCUCCCAGCUUUCCUCCACCGUGCCGAGGGUGAAGCAGGGAAGAAAAGCCGAGGUGGGUGCCGUGGCUAUAUAUACAGUAAGUAUUUUUGCUAAGAGUAAGAGGGAGCAGCCUCCUCCCUCCUGUGGUUUCCUAUUUAUGUGACCCUUUCCUCCCGGGCGCCCGGACGGAUCGCCCUGUGCGGUGAGAGCUGAGACAGGGUUGUGGGCUCUGGCUGCAUCGCCUCUCGCGGGAGGUGCAGGAGCGAGGACACAGACAGACAGACGUGGGUCUCCAAGAGUCUCACCCAGGGGGACAGGGACGGGCCAGCUGUCGGCCCUCCCAGCCUUCUCAUUCCUGCCUUCCUACUGGACCCAUCUUUAUAUAUAAUGUUAAUAAAAAAAAAAA